GCAGUGUUAGGCCAACUACUCCAGAGAAGGUAAUUGAUGCGCCGGGUUGUUACCACCGACUACCGGCCGGUUAAGUGGCUGAAUGGCAGACUCUGAGUAUACCCUAAGCACAGUCAGAGCCAGGGGUCUUACAAAUUAGAAUAUCAAAGCAAAUACCAAACACUUUAGCACCGAGUAAAGUGAGUUGGGCGUGUGAGGUUGGUCGUUAUUAUAGGGUAAGAAGGUGCCACUUUAAAUCGACAUACGAGAUAUGUCUACUCCACAUAUCAUAGUACUUACUCACUCCAUCUCCAGCGCCUUGACAUGCUGUGGCAGAGUAAGCGCAGUCGGUAAAAUGGAAGAAUGGAUGGAUUCAUGGCGUGAUCAAGGUCGGCCACCCGUAACAGUGACCGACAGCAUGUGCCGAGAUUCUGUCAAUCGGGACGAUCAAUCGGAUCAAGAAGACAGUUGAAGUUGGGUGUUCAAAGCCGAAAGUGCUCAGUUAAGGUACUGAGGUGCAGUAAAAGCCUGAAGUUGGCUCAGUUGAUCCAUCAUGAUGGAGAGCUUGCGAGCCUAAGGAGGAAACUGUUAGGUAAUGGGUAGGGCGGCAGCCGCUGGCCAUUCGCCAGUGGGACAGUGAAAUUCCCCUGCCAACAGGACAGUGCACCGCGUCUAGAACUUAACUAUAUCUUUGAUGUGGGCUUUUUGCUCAUGUCAUAUUAUCUGCUACGUACUGG